AUGAAGAGCCCAGUGCACAGAUGCAGGGACAUGGAGCAGAACCGUGGGCAAACAUGGACAGGAAACAGAUACUUAAAGGCAGAGCAUCGUAUCCCCAUCUCCAAGGACGUCAUCACUUCAACAUCUGCUUCUGCUAUGUGGUUCAUCAAGGACGCCUGUGGCAUCAUUUGCGCUAUCAUCACAUGGCUGCUGGUUUUUUAUGCCGAGUUUGUGGUGCUGUUUGUAAUGCUGCUGCCCUCCAAAAAUCUGACAUACAGCAUUGUCAACGGGUCUCUGUUCAAUGUUCUGGCCUUUCUAGCCCUUGCCUCACACAUCCGAGCCAUGUGCACUGAUCCAGGGGCAGUGCCGAAAGGCAAUGCGACCAAGGAAUAUAUUGAAAGCCUUCAGCUGAAACCAGGACAGGUGGUCUACAAAUGUCCCAAGUGCUGUAGCAUUAAGCCUGACCGAGCACACCACUGCAGUGUUUGCAAACGCUGCAUACGUAAGAUGGACCACCAUUGCCCCUGGGUCAACAACUGUGUUGGAGAGAACAAUCAAAAGUACUUUGUGCUCUUUACUAUGUACAUUGCGCUUGUCUCUCUUCACGCAUUAUUCAUGGUGGUUUUCCAUUUUCUCUACUGCUUUGAAGAUGAUUGGACAAAGUGCAGUUCCUUCUCUCCACCAGCAACAGUCAUCCUCCUCAUACUCCUGUGCUUUGAGGGUCUCCUCUUCCUCAUCUUCACCUCUGUGAUGUUUGGUACCCAAGUCCAUUCCAUCUGUACUGAUGAAACUGGCAUCGAACGCUUGAAAGGAGAGACGGGCAAGUGGGAGAAGGCGCCAUGCUGGGAGGCCAUGAAGAUGGCUUUCGGCGGUCCGUUUUCCCUAACCUGGUGCAGCCCCUUCUCAGGGAUGAGCUGCAAGAAGACCCCCAGCGAGCUCGUCCCCACUGUGCAGGGAGAAAUCAUUGAGGAGGACAUCAUAGAGAUCCCACUCAACUAA